ACCCGAUUGGAUUGCGUCGCUCCGCCGCUUCCUCUUUCUUCGCAAGCGGCUGUGCGCGGCCUCUUUUCUUCCUCCUUCUCCGAUCGUUGAUCCGUGGAAUAGUUUAUCCUGCAAGAUGGGACGAAGACCUGCCCGCUGCUAUCGCCAAAUCAAGAACAAGCCCUACCCCAAAUCCCGCUACUGCCGUGGCGUCCCUGACCCCAAAAUACGCAUCUAUGAUGUGGGAAUGAAGAAGAAAGGCGUCGAUGAGUUCCCCUUCUGCGUCCACCUCGUCUCCUGGGAGAAAGAAAACGUCUCCAGCGAAGCUCUCGAAGCCGCCCGCAUCGCCUGCAACAAGUACAUGACAAAAGCCGCAGGAAAAGAUGCCUUCCAUCUCCGCGUCCGCGUUCAUCCCUUCCACGUCCUGCGCAUCAACAAAAUGCUCUCGUGCGCCGGGGCAGAUCGCCUCCAAACCGGCAUGCGAGGUGCAUUCGGGAAGCCGCAGGGCACGUGCGCGAGGGUGGCGAUCGGCCAGGUUCUGCUUUCCGUGAGGUGCAAGGAUAGCAACAGCGCGCACGCGCAGGAGGCACUGAGGCGAGCAAAGUUCAAGUUUCCGGGGAGGCAGAAGAUCAUUGUGAGCAGGAAGUGGGGGUUCACGAAGUUCAGCAGAACAGAUUAUAUAAAAUGGAAGCAGGAGAACAGGAUUGUUUCUGAUGGAGUUAAUGCGAAGUUGUUGGGAUGUCAUGGAAAGCUUGCGCUGAGGCAG